AUGUCGUCUAACACCACCGGCUGGCCCUCUUCCUCUUUCAACGCGAGUCCCGUGUUCAACGGCGCGUAUCCUCUACACCCUUUGACAACCACAACCACCAUGUCGACGGGACGCAGCUCGCCAGCACCCUCCUACCACUCGCAAACCGAAACCGGAUUCGCCACCUUUCGCUCGCGCAAUCCGCGCUCCAGAUUCAGUCGCUUCGGCCAGAACAAUGCUCGAGAUUCGGACGAACAGCAAGGUCUGCUGCAGGACAGCGAUGAUGAGGCUCCGGGACGCUCGACGGGCUCAAAGCGGCCUAGCUUGACCUCACGACCCUCCGAGGACCACCGCCGGCAGUAUGGCACUCACGACGAUUCAGACGGCAUUCCACCACCAUCCAAUACCGUCGUCCAGCUUGGCUCACGCAGAGCUGGCUUCAUUGCUUCUUUGUUCUCUUCAAAGGAACGUGCUCCGCGCGAUCUCAGCAGGACCAUCAGUCUCGGCGACUCGGAUCGCGUACGUUCAAAGUACCCCGCCAAUGUGGUACGCAAUCAAAAGUACAACGUCGUCACCUUCUUGCCCAAGGUGCUGUACGAGCAGUUCAAGUUCUUCUUCAACCUCUACUUUCUUCUUGUUGCCCUCAGUCAAUUUAUACCCGCCCUCAAGAUCGGCUUCAUCGCCACCUACGUGGCUCCCCUCGCCUUCGUCCUCUGCAUCACCAUCGGCAAAGAGGCCAUCGACGAUUGGGCCAGAUACAAGAGAGAUGUAGAGAGCAACAGUGCUCCUUACAAGCUGCUCGUACCCAACGACUCAGCUCUCGCCAAGGCGCAGGCACGCUUGGCCAGGAAGGCCAGCUCCAACAAGCCCCUUUCACUUGGCAGUGAUCUGGGCCAGUCUAGAGUCGUCCAGGUUCCCAGCAGCAAGAUCAAGGUCGGUGAUCUGGUCGUGCUCGACAAGAAUCAGCGCGUGCCCGCCGACAUGGUGUUGCUGCAGACCUUUUCCAAUGAUGCGGCGAUCGAAACCGGUGGUGGCUCUGUUGUACCUACACCAGCGGAUGAGAGCACCCAGUUUGUUCUCGGCGAGGAUGAAGACGAAGGAGAGGACAACAUCAAAUCAGCAGAAGCAGGAGCGGCCAAGUCGGCAGGCCCAUCUUCUUCCGAUCCUAGCGAGGGCGUUGACGUUGGAGGCUCGAACGGCAGCUGUUUCAUUCGCACCGAUCAACUUGACGGAGAAACGGACUGGAAGCUGCGCAUUGCCGUCGAGCUGACCCAACGCAUGCCUACAGAUGAGCUGGCUGUCCUCCGCGAUCGUGCCGUCGUCUUUGCAGGUCCGCCAAUCAAGGACAUCCACUCGUUCCUCGGCAACCUCACACUGCAUCCUCCGCCAGACGACGGUUCUGCCACGCCUCCACCCACGCUGCCACGGUCUGGUCCCACCGUAGGCGAUCUACUUGGCGUGCCAACCGACGCGCCAGAUCAGAACCGCAGCUCAGCCGAAUCACAACGCCCAGACACCAUCAUCGCCAUGAGCCAGCAGCCUCAAGUGGCUCCUCUGACAGCCGAGAACGUCUUGUGGGCCAACACCGUCCUUGCGGCCGGCACCGCCGUUGGAAUGGUCGUCUACACGGGACGAGAGACAAGAGCCGUCAUGAACACGUCUUAUCCAGGCACCAAGGUCGGACUGUUGGACCUCGAGAUCAAUCGCCUCUCCAAGAUCCUUUGCGGUGUCACCUUUGCGCUUUCGGUCGCGCUCGUCGCUCUCAACGGCUUCAAAGGCGAGUGGUGGAUCUACAUCUUCCGCUUCCUCAUUCUGUUUUCGUCCAUCAUCCCCAUCAGUCUCCGCGUCAACCUGGACAUGGGCAAGACCGUCUACGCCCGCCAGAUCAUGCAUGACGAUGAGAUUCCAGGUACCAUUGUCCGCACCUCGACGCUGCCAGAGGAGCUCGGCCGCAUCGAGUACCUCUUGUCCGACAAGACAGGAACGCUGACGCAGAACGAGAUGGAACUCCGCAAGCUGCACAUGGGCACCAUGAGCUACGGCUGGGACAGUAUGGACGAGGUCGCAUCGCAGCUUGCUACCGCGUUGCAGCAGCAUUACGGCAACACUAAUGCUCAGCCUCUGAGCCCAACCAAGACAACACCUGGCGGCAAGAGCAUUGCGCAGCAGCCCAUAUCGCUCACCACAGCAGGGGCGAUGCUGGCUGGACGUGGUCGUCGUGACAUGAGCUCUCGUGUUAAGGAUGUCGUUCUGGCACUUGCACUCUGCCACAAUGUGACACCGGUAAUCGAGCCCGAUGGAUCUAUCACCUACCAAGCCUCCUCUCCCGACGAGGUCGCCAUCGUCCGAUGGACAGAAUCGGUGGGGCUCAGCCUCGUCGCGAGAGACCGCACGUCCAUGUCGCUUCGCGCUUCUGACGGCUCGACACUGCACUUUGACAUACUCGAAGUGUUCCCCUUCACCUCGGAAUCGAAACGCAUGGGAAUCGUGAUUCGCGAGCGGAGCACGGGCGAGAUCACGUUCUAUCAGAAAGGCGCCGAUGUGGUCAUGGCCAAGAUUGUCGCGCAGAACGACUGGCUCGACGAAGAGUGUGGCAACAUGGCCCGCGAGGGGCUGCGUACGCUCGUGGUGGGACGCAGGAGGCUGACUCAGGACAGUUGGGUGGUGUUUGAGCGUGCCUACAAGGCGGCGCGGGUGCAAGUUGAGGACCGCAACCAAGCCAUGGCGCGGGCAAUCGAGGAGCAUCUCGAGAACAAUUUGGAGCUGCUCGGCCUCACGGGGGUCGAGGACAAGCUGCAGGAGGAUGUCAAGAUGACGCUCGAGCUGCUGCGUAAUGCCGGCAUCAAGGUGUGGAUGUUGACGGGUGACAAGAUCGAGACAGCGACUUGCAUUGCCAUCUCGUCCAAGUUGGUGGCUCGCAACCAGUACGUGCAUCAGGUGGCUAAGCUGCGCACGCCGGAUGCGGUGCGCGACAUGCUCGACUUCGUGCGUUCUAAGCUGGAUUGUUGUCUGGUGAUUGACGGAGAGUCACUGCAGGUAUGUCUGGAUUCGUUCAAAGACGAAUUCAUCGAGCUGGCGACGCAGCUGUCGGCGGUUGUAGCGUGUCGAUGUUCGCCUACGCAGAAGGCGGAUGUGGCAAGGCUGAUCCGUACACACACGCGCAAGCGGGUUUGCUGCAUCGGCGACGGCGGCAACGAUGUGUCGAUGAUCCAGGCUGCCGACGUCGGAGUGGGUAUCGUGGGCAAAGAGGGCAAGCAGGCGUCGCUCGCCGCCGACUUCUCCAUCACCCAGUUUAGCUUCCUUACCAAGCUGCUCGUGUGGCAUGGGCGCAACUCAUACAAGCGGUCCGCCAAGCUCGCGCAAUUCGUCAUCCACCGCGGCCUCAUCAUCUCGAUCAUCCAAGCCGUCUUCUCGUCCAUCUUCUACUUUGCGCCCAUCGCUCUGUACCAGGGCUGGCUCAUGGUCGGUUAUGCGACUGUGUACACCAUGGCGCCCGUCUUCUCGCUCGUGCUCGACCGCGAUGUCAGCGAAGACCUCGCGCUGCUGUACCCGGAACUGUACAAGGAUCUCACCAAGGGCCGCUCGCUUUCCGCGAAAACCUUCACCACCUGGCUCAUGAUCUCGACGUACCAGGGUGGCGCGAUCAUGAUCCUCUCGCUGCUGCUGUUCGAGAACGAGUUCCUCAACAUCGUCAGCAUCUCGUUCACCGCCCUGGUCGUCAACGAACUCAUCAUGGUCGCGUUGGAGAUCACCACGUGGCACGUCUACAUGCUGCUCUCCGAGAUCGUCACGCUGUUUUUCUAUUGCGUGAGUAUCGUGUUCUUGCCCGAGUUCUUCGAUCUGGGCUUCGUGCUGUCAUACAGGUUCCUGUGGAAGACGGCGGUGAUUGUCGCGGUCAGCAGCUUGCCGUUGUAUGUCUGGCGCGAGGUGAGGAACCGCUUGGCGCCGCCGAGCUACAGUAAGCUGGCCAUGGCGUGA